AUGACACCUCACUGGUCCCCUCUAAAGAGUGACCUGUGUGUGGCUGAGAACGAAAGCUUCCUUCUGGCGUGUGCCAUGGGUCUGCAAGUGCGUCUAAUCGAAAUGCAGAUAACGACAUCCGCCGCCACGGAUUGGACAUGCGAUAUGCCCACAACAGAACCACGUGCCAGUGGAAAAC